UCGCAGUCGAGACACACGGGGAGUGUGUGGGCGCCUUGUGUGUGUGUGUGUGUGUGUGUGUAGAGCUGGGGAGUUGUCUGAGCACUAUGGCAAAGAGUCGGGGAGCACGCGCAAUGUAAGACAGGAGUCCAGGAAAAGACGGCGAGAAAUAGAGGAGGAAAGAGAGGAGGAGAGUUGAGUGUGAGUGGGAGAGAGAGAGGGGAGGGGGGUAGGAGAGCUCCGUCUCUCCCGGUGCACUUGGCAGUCUAGUUGCGGGCUGCUGUGCUGUUGCUGUCGUGGCGUGGCUGAUCGCGCCAGGCGGGGAACUUCACCACACUGGAGCCCGGAGUCCCACUCUCUCACCUGCGCAGUUCGGAGCUGCCAUGGGUCUCUCGCCUGGAUUUACUGUCCUAAUUAUUCUGCCGGUUUUUCUGCUGCACACCAGCGGCCUUUACAUCGCCAGUAGCGUUGACUCCCUGCAGCAUGUCCUGGGGGAGUAUGGACUGGUGAGGCCGAUCAGUGUGGACGCAGAGGGCCGCUUCCUGUCACACGCUGUCUCAGCAGGCCACAUGGCAGGAGGACAGUCCCGUAGGCGCUGGAAGAGGGAGGUAGGAGUAGGCAACGAUGAGUGGGAAGACCCAAGAGGAAUCAAGGAGGACCACGAGCCCGGGGCCCAUGGGGAAAGACUUUACUACAACGUCACCGUCUUCGGCCGGGAGUUCCAUCUGCGCCUGCAUCACAAUGCCAGGCUGGUGGCCCCCGGAGCCAAGAUGGAAUGGCAUGAUGACAGCGACAGCAUCCGCUACUCUGAACCACUGCACGAUGAAUGCUUGUACGUGGGUGACAUCACAGACACACCAGGAGCCACUGUGGCUAUCAGCAACUGUGAUGGCCUGGCUGGGAUGAUCAAGACGGAGCAAGAGGAGUUUUUUAUUGAGCCAGUGGAGAGGGGCGAUGGAGUGAUAGAAGAGGAGGAAGAGGGAGGAGGAGGCAGGACACACAUCGUCUAUCGCUCUUCAGCCGUAAAGAAAGUGCCCAUCAGCAGCACGGCAGCAGACUACCACUCCAGAGGUGCUGAUCUCGGUGGUCUGAUGGACCUGGAGUCUCUGUACCGUGGUGUGCAGCAGAGUAUUAAUCACACUCGAGCAGGGCGAACGCGCAGACAGAGUCUGGACCGGCCCUACAACAUCGAGGUGCUGCUGGGUGUCGACGACUCGGUGGUCCAGUUUCAUGAAAAGGAGCACGUUCAAAAGUACCUGCUCACACUCAUGAACAUUGUGAAUGAAAUCUACCAUGACCAGUCUUUGGGAGCAAAGAUCAAUGUGGUGCUGGUGCGGAUUAUCAUGCUGGGCUACGGCAAGUCUAUGAGUCUUAUUGAACUGGGGAACCCAUCUCAGAGUCUGGAGAAUGUGUGUCGCUGGGCCUUCCUGCAGCAGAAGCAGGACACAGGAGACGCUGAGUAUCACGACCAUGCCAUCUUCCUCACACGACAGGAAUUUGGCCCCACGGGCAUGCAGGGUUACGCCCCGGUGACAGGCAUGUGCCAUCCGGUAAGGAGCUGCACUUUGAACCACGAGGAUGGUUUCUCCUCUGCCUUCGUGGUGGCCCAUGAGACAGGACAUGUACUGGGGAUGGAGCAUGAUGGUCAGGGGAACCGCUGUGGAGAUGAGGUGCACAUGGGCAGCAUCAUGGCUCCUCUGGUGCAGGCUGCUUUCCACCGCUUCCACUGGUCCAGAUGUAGCAUGCAAGAGCUGGGGCGCUACCUUCAUUCCUAUGACUGUCUCCGCGACGACCCCUUUGACCACAACUGGCCGUCACUGCCUCAGCUUCCUGGUUUUCACUACUCCAUGAAUGAACAGUGUCGCUUCGACUUCGGUGUGGGCUACACGAUGUGCACCGCGUAUCGCACAUUUGACCUGUGUAAGCAGCUGUGGUGUAGCCACCCAGACAACCCCUUCUUCUGCAAAACCAAGAAAGGACCGCCCAUUGAUGGCACCAUGUGUGGAAGUGGGAAGCACUGCUUUAAAGGGCACUGCAUCUGGUUGACACCUGACAUCAUAAAGCAAGAUGGAAACUGGGGUUUGUGGAGUGAGUUUGGCCAGUGCUCCCACACCUGUGGUGGAGGAGUACAGUUUCGCACACGUGACUGUGACAAUCCAAGACCAGCCAAUGGGGGCCGUACCUGCAUCGGGGCAACUUACCAGUUCCAGAUGUGCAACACCAAUGAAUGCACGGACAUCUACAGUGACACACGAGAGGAGCAAUGCCACGCCUGGGACCCUCGCUUUGAACUUCACAGCAACGAGCACCACUGGCUGCCCUAUGAACACCCAGACCCUAACUCACGCUGCCACCUGCAUUGCCAGUCCAAGGAGACACGAGAUGUGGUCUUCAUGCAGAGAAUGGUCCUAGAUGGAACGCGUUGCUCAUACAAGGACCCACACAGUGUGUGUGUGCGUGGGGAGUGUGAGAAAGUGGGCUGUGAUGGUGUGGUCGGCUCCUCAAAGCAGGAGGACAAGUGUGGGGUGUGUGGAGGUAACAACUCCAGCUGCAAAACCUUCAAAGACGCCAUCACACGCACCGCUAAGAAACAAGGUUUUCUCAAAGUACUUGAAAUCCCCAGAGGGGCGAGACACUUAUUGAUUCAAGAGCUGAAGGCAACCUCUCACACAUUAGCUGUGAAGAACGUAGCAUCGGGACUGUUCUUCUUGAACGGGGAAAAUGAAUACCCAGAGUCCCGCUCCGUCAUAGAGAAGGGUGUGGAGUGGGAAUAUGAGAACGACAAUGACAAGGAGACCCUUCAGACCACUGGCCCUCUGAGACAUGGAAUUCUCAUCAUGAUGAAAUUACAUGGAGAUGAGGAUGUGAAUUUGUCUUAUAAGUACAUGAUGAAUAUGGACAGUGAUUUUGCAAUUCAGAACAACAUGCUGGUAGAGGACAGCGCCUAUGAGUGGGCCCCAAAGAAAUGGUCCUACUGCUCCAAGCCGUGUGGUGGAGGGAAGCAGUACCUGCGCUACGGCUGCAGAAGAAAAGUUGACAGUAAGAUGGUCCACAAGAGCUUCUGUAACAAAUCUAGCAUGAAACCAAGAGGAGACACCAGAGAUUGCAACCAGAAGCCCUGUCCUCCACCCAUUUGGGUGUCAGGGGAGUGGCAGAACUGCAGCAAACCAUGUGGAAAGACCGGCCUGCAAAUUCGCUCGGUCAGCUGUGUCCAGCCAUCAGACGACAACACCACACGCUCCAUCCACAAUAAACAUUGCAAUGAUGACCGACCGGAGAGCCGCAGACCCUGCAACCGACACCCCUGCCCCACCCAGUGGAGAGUUGGACCGUGGUCACAGUGCUCAGUAACAUGUGGUAAUGGGACUCAGCAGAGACAGGCUCUGUGCCACACCAGGGACAACACCAUUGGCCUGUGUCUAGACAGUAAGCCAGAUACCAUCAGAGUCUGUCGACUGGUUCCAUGUCCCAAGGGCUCCUCAGACCUCAACAAGAACGGCAACAUCCUGAUCCAGUGGCUGUCUCGCCCCAACCCCAACUUCCCGAAGAUCUCCUCACGCCGGCGUUGCCAUGGAGACCGUACUGUGCUCUGUCGUGUGAAAGGGCUGAAGCACUACUGCUCCCUGCCGGACUACUGGCGCAUGUGCUGCAGAUCUUGCAGCGAUGUCAUUGGUACACAGCCUCCACCCAGCUCCACUUCCAGGUCCACCCCCAUCACCUCCAUCCAGUUCAGUGUUGCAGCUCUUCCAACCACCAGCACCCUCAGCUCUGGCUUCAUCACCAUCCAGCCCACCACAACUAGUAACACUCCCAUUUCACCUUCAACCAAAUCCAAUCCAAAUCCUUGGACCAUCACUCCACCUCCUGCCCUCACCACUCCUGUUCCUCAUUCCACCCCAGCUUCACUCAACACCAGAGAAAUGAUCACCAGUUAUCCACCAGAUGCCACCAGCGCUCCUGUCCCCUCUAGCACCUUUUUUACAGCAACCACCUCAGUUAUUACAACUUCUCCCAGCUUUUCUGCACGUCCGCAACCUCUGCCUAUCCCAGACAUAGAUGAGAGCACAAAUCCACAGUUACAGAGUACUGCAAAUAGUCCAACAACAUCUGCCAUGACUAUCGUACGUUUUCUAGCAACAACCAGUUCAACAAUGAUGAAUCCAACUGAAACCAGCACAAAAACAGACACUCUGCUGAAAUCUAAACCAAAAAAGGAUAUUGUACCAAAGAAAAACACCAAAAAGGUGAUUUUACCAAAGACUAAUCAAAAUAAGAAUACUCCCAUGAAAAAUACUACAGGAAAAUAUGUUUCUCCAAAGAAAAAGAAAACAAACACUACUCCAAAAGAGAAUACUCCAGCAAACAGCUAUUCCAAAAAUAAUUCAGAAAAGGCUACUCCCAAACUCAGCAGUCCAGCAACCACGACCCUAAAAAAUACUCCAGUAAACCUGACUCCCAAAAAUACUACUCCAGCAAACAUGACUCCCAAAAACACUGCUUCAGAAAAAGCUACUUCUGAAAAGACUACUUCAGAAAAGAGGACUUCUAAAAAGUCUACUCCAGCAAAUGUGACUCCCAAAAAGACACCUCCAAAAAAAGCUACUUCCCAAAAAACUACUCAAGAAAAAGCUAGUCCAAAAAAGACUACAUCCACAAAUGCAACUCCCAAAAAUACACUACCAGAAAAAACAGCUCCCAAAAAGAUAAUUACAGCAAACACAGCUCCCAAAGAGACUACUCUAGUAAACACGACACCAAGAGAGACUUUGCUAAUAAACACGCCCCCCCAAAAUAUUAAUCCAUCAAACUCGACUCCCAAACAGACUAUUUUAGUAAACACAACUCCAAAAGAGACUACUCUAGUAAACGUGGCUCCAAAAAAUACUAUUCCAGUGAACACGGCUCUCAAAAAGACUGCUUCAGAAAAACAAGCUCAAAAAAAGAAACCCCCAGAAAAAACAAAUCCCAAAAAGACUAAACCAGCGAAUGCAGCUCCCAAAAAUACACCUCCAGAAAAAACUAUUUUCCAAAAGAUGACUCCAGAAAAGACAACUCCCAGGACAAUUACAGCAAACACAAGUCCCCAAAAUAUUACUCGACCAAAUCUGACUCCCCAAGAGACUGUGCCAGCAAACAAAAUUCCCCAAAAGGUUUUUCCAGAAAAAACAACUCCCAAACAUACUACUUCUGCAAACACGACUCCUAAAAAGACUCCUCUGGUAAAGACCACUCCCAAAAAGUCUCCUCCGGGAAAGACUCCUCCCAAAAAACCUAUUCCAGUUAAGACUACUCCCGAGAAAAAAACGAAAUCCACACCCAAAAAGGAGGUUCCCAAAAAAAACAUACCAGCAAAGACAAAAGUGACAAAACAAAGUCAAACAAAGACAAACUUCAAAAAGAACCAAAAAUUUCUGGCCAAAAGUGCUACAAACUUACAAGUGAAGGUUUUUCAGAAUAAGGCCACAAUGAAAAAGAACAAUCCAUUUUACUACACCACAGCUCCCUCUUCCUAUACAAGCCUAGAACCACCAAGGGAAUACUUUUCGUCCCCUAUUUUCUCUAGCGCAAUUGUAUAUGAUACAUCAGCAAACUUGCCUUUACAAGAGUCAGGAUCCAAUGCCAUAUUCAUCAAUAAUGACACAACAGCUACAGAUGAAAAUCCACUGUGGUACCAUGACAGCACAGACACUGGAGUGACAGCACAUAGCAGCUUUGAUAAUCUCGUACCACCCUGUGGACCCAUUGAUGUUGAUGCUGCCAUGAUGUCUAGUGGAACCAUGACAUUUAAUGAAGGCACAACGACAAGCAGCAGCGAUAACAUAGUAACCAGUGGGACCAUUCUCAGUGGUGAUAAAAUCACAAUGUCCUACAGCAACGUGGAAGUGCUGGACGACAGCCUCACCAUGGUGAUCCAAGCCAUCAGCAGUGAGGGUAAGACAAAUCCCACUUUCUCACCUUGGUUGGACCUCUCUGAGCACAUCCCGUCGCAUGCUCCCAUGAGAACCUCACACCUUGCCACCAACUCACCUUCCUCUGGCUUCAUUCUGACAACAGAAAAACCAGCCAUCACAGUAGUCUCUAUUAUGGGACCUCAGCAAAGAGCUGAAGAGAACACUGAGAACAAUUCCAUUAACAUCUUGUAUAACAGGAUCGUCAGCGUGGACAGCGACAUCACGCAGAACAACCUGGUCCCAAAGCGUCGGGUCAACCUCAGAGAAAGAACCAGGAACAAACGCAUUCAGGAGCUUCUGGAGGAGAAGCGUAAUUUUCUCCUGAGGAUGAAGAGAGGUCAUGCAGCUAAAUAGAGCAAGCCUUCUCAUUUCUCUUAUAGAGAUGAAUCUUGUCUUUACAGACUUUUGUAGGCCUUGUUUAAAACCCUCUGAACUGUUGCAAUGCUUUCUAUGAGGCCUUCUAACAACAAAAGAAACUGUCAUAUGACAAUCAGGACAGUUUCAGAGAGAGAAUAUUAUUGCCAAAUGUUUGAACAGUUGCCUUGAAUAAAGAAAAGCUCUUUAGAGUACAGACUAUUGCGGAUUUAAAGCAAAUGGCCUUGCCUGUGUAAACACAGUAAUGAGAAACAGAAGGGAUGAAACGUGUACAUCCAGUUUGACCAGCACUUUAGAAAGCCGGCGUUAAUCCUGCCAAACCAUCCGUAGUCUUGUUUGAGGAUUCGCUCACUGGGUGAUGUAGAUAACAUGUAAUGUUCUUUGUAAAACUGUAUUAUCCCUUCUGGCACUUAUGAAGCAACAAAAUCUAUGACUUAAACUCCAAAUCUCAUUUCCCCCAAACUGAUAUGAAUACAUCUCAGCCAACUAAUAAAAGCUACUGUCAGAUGAAAAUGUCUCCUUUGUAAGUGGACAGUAUUAUGAAUACACUAUAUACAUUGCAGAUUGGAGCAUUUGGAAGUCUGAAAGCAAUGUGGUACAGCCUAACACUCAAAGUCAAAGUUUCCUUUUGAUUUGAUUGGAUUGUGAAAGUUUGCACUGCUUAGAUCGUGUUGCCUUUUCUAAAGCUAAUGUCUGUCUGACUGCAUAGCAUCUCUCCUCUUUCGAGAAGUUAAUUAAGUGUAGUAGACUGGCGAGGGUUAACAAUGUGCCUCAUUCAUUAUUUUAUGUACAAAGGGAAGAAAACACAAAAAAUGCUUGUUUGUACUAACUAUCCACAGAGAAGCUUUGAGGGCCAGUAUACUUUCUUUUCAAAAGGUUUUAUCACUGGUGUAUCUCUGACUUGCAGCAACUGCAAAAGCACAUAUGAGCUUUCUGUAUGGUAUCUGCACAUAUGAGAAA